CUACGGGGCGCCGCAGCGGCCAUUCCCCGCCGCUGGUGCUGCUGUCGCCAUGCCGCGGUACGCGCAGCUGGUGAUGGGCCCGGCGGGCAGCGGGAAGAGCACGUACUGCUCCACCAUGGUGCAGCACUGCGAGGCGCUGGGCCGCGCCGUGCAGGUGGUGAACCUGGACCCGGCGGCCGAGCUGUUCAGCUACCCCGUGAUGGCAGACAUCCGUGAGCUGAUAGAGGUGGACGAUGUGAUGGAGGAUGAAUCCCUGAGGUUUGGCCCCAAUGGAGGUUUGGUGUUCUGCAUGGAGUACUUUGCCAACAACUUUAACUGGCUGGAGGAGAGCCUGGGGCACGUGGAGGAUGAUUAUAUAUUGUUUGACUGUCCAGGUCAGAUCGAGCUCUACACACACCUGCCAGUGAUGAAACAGCUGGUGGAGCAGCUCCAGCAGUGGGAAUUCCGUGUCUGUGGAGUCUUCCUUGUGGAUUCUCAGUUUAUGGUGGAAUCUUUUAAGUUUAUCUCUGGAAUUCUGGCAGCACUCAGUGCAAUGAUAUCUUUAGAGAUUCCACAGAUUAACAUCAUGACCAAAAUGGAUUUGCUGAGCAAGAAAGCCAAGAAGGAAAUAGAAAAGUACUUAGAUCCAGACAUGUAUUCUAUGAUUGAAGAUUCUACAAAUAUAUUAAAAAGCAAAAGGUUUAAGAAGCUGACUAAAUCUAUAUGUGGAUUGAUUGAUGACUAUGGGAUGGUUCGGUUUCUGCCUUUCGAUCGCUCUGACGAGGAAAGUAUCAACAUCGUUCUGCAGCACAUAGACUUCACCAUCCAGUAUGGAGAGGAUCUGGAAUUUAAAGAGCCAAAGGAAUAUGAAGAAGAUAAAUCUGCUCUUGUGGAUGAAUACUUUCAGGAUCGUGUGGAUGAGUAAAAAAAAAUAUGUUCAAACUGUGAGGAAAAUACUUUGUGGGGAAAAGUGAAAAAAAAAUCCUGACCCCCUACACAAACACAAUGUUUUAUCUGUAAGGUAACUAAUAUUUAUAGUAAAGAGUGAGUUAUAUGACCUCAAAACUAUUUUAAUAAACAGUUUUUUAUUCUUG